GACAUGACGUUCGGAAGGCACUGCUUUGUUCUCUUUUCAUCCGCACGUUUGUUCUUGUGCUCGUUUCCAAGCCUGAUUUCCUCUCUCUACAAUUCAAUCUCACCCGUUGGCCCAAUAACCAUACUCCGGCGUGUGACGGCUGCCGGCGUUGCGGAGGCCGCCGCAACUCCGCUCCGUCGACGUUUCAUUCUGCGACAACACAUAUCUACCGCGACCUCUGCCUCUGCAGCUCAUCCACAAUUUGACUAUGACUACUACUGCUACGAUGAUUACAGAGCAGAGCACGAGCCACGCCUUGAUCGACUCGCGCAGCUCCUGUGGAGGACUCGGAAGGCUCGCUCCCGACGAGAGAAUUGCAGUUAGUUUUCAUUGGAAGCCCGCGCUCGAAGAAGCAUCUUUACGCGGAGAAGCUGUCGAAGCUACUAGCAGUUCCUCAUAUUUCCAUGGCCAGCCUCGUUCGCCAAGAGCUUAGCCCUCGCUCGUUCUUACAUAGGCAGAUUGUGAAGGCUGUAAAUUGUGGAACCGUUGAGCCAGAAGACAUAAUAACCGGUUCGCUGUCUAAGAGGCUGAAAGAUGGGUAUGACAAAGGUGAAAGCGGGUUUAUCUUGGAUGGAAUUCCCCGUUCACUUUACCAAGCCAAAAUUGUUGAUCAACUUGCUAUGAUCGAUCUAGUUGUCAAUUUCAGAUGCUUCGACUUUCCUUCCAUUAAGAAUCACAUGGAUUCAGAAGGUGCUUGGAAGAAAAAACUACAAAUCUAUGCUGAGCAGACCAAGCCUCUGGAAGAUUACUACAGGAAACAAAACAAACUUAUCAACAUUGAACUUGACAGUGCACCCAGGGAAACUUGGCAAAAACUUCUGGUGGCAUUACAUCUCCAACAUGUGCUUGCGGCUCCUAAUUCAGAAAAGAACAGAUAAAAAUCAUUCGGGUACAAAUUGCAUUCUACCAUCAUAUCCAAUCUCAAAAUAUUUUGUACAAAGGAAAAAAAAAGGAGAUGCACAGUUAGCAUGUUGUAUAGUUUCAGCAAAUAUAGCGGGAAAAAACCUGUAUUGAGCAACAUAUAGGCCUUAAAGCGAAUGAUUUGUAUGAACUUCAACGUCUGUAAAGAAAGUUGAAGUUGCUCACGUUGUACUUGCUAUACUUGAGGCUGUAAUUCUAGGAUUCCUUGAACUAUUGAGGUCAUGAAAUCCAGUUGUGUUCUUUGACUAA